AUGUUUUGUCAGCUUGACGCAUUUGCCCCUCCCGCAUACGUCGUCCCGGCUGCCCCUUACCUGCACUGCCAGACGCUGCUGCUCCCCCGCUGCACGGUGCGCGACCCCGGCACCGCCGCCGUCUGCCGCGCGCUGCGCACCAACGCUUCACUCCACGAGCUCGACCUGGGGUGGAACGCGUGCGGCCGGGCCACGGCGCUUGCGCUCGAGUGCUCCCUGCUGGCCAACGCCGCGCUGCCCCUGCGGCGGCUGCGGCCCUGCAACACUGGGCUGACGGACCCGGACGGCGCGGUGGCGACGCUGCACGACGCCGUCGCCAAGCCGCCAGCCUCGCCCGGCGAAGCGGCUCCGGCUUCCGGGGCGGCCGGGGGCGCAGCGCCGUCCGCGGGUGCGGCCCUGGUGAUCACAGAGCGGGCGGCAGGGCUGAACCUGAACAGCCCAGCAGGCAGGUACAGCCUGGAUCUGUCCCACCCCGCGGCAGAGCACGUGAUCUGGGAGCUGCUAGAUCUAAGAUCGCGGCUCCAGAACUUCCAGCAGCAGCAAGAGGCCGCGUACGCAGCGGCGGCGGCGCAGGCAGCGACGGCGCAAGCAGCCGCGGGACCAGUAGCAGCGGCGGCGGUGGACGCUUGGAUGCCCAGGCGCCGGACUACAAUAGAUUACACGACUGCGCUCCUGCGCCGCGCGUCGCGCUCUGAUGCCCCAUCAAACCCAGCGGAAAACGUCACCGCAAGCAGCGCCGAGCCGAAUGCAAUCAACGCCUCGCCGCCCCAGGCGACUCCUCCGAGCUCCAGGCGCCAGACCGCGGCAGAUGCGGCCGGCGUCUCGCUCAGCGGCGGCGGCGGAGCAUCGGCGGCGGGGGCGCGCGCGGCCGGCGGCAGGGGGCUGGUGCAGCGGUUCAGGGCCCCGCCGGUGGAUGCCGUCUCGAUUGUGGAGGUGCAAUUGGAUGGGGGCCGGCCGAUGCGGCUCGAGAAGCUUCUGGAGCUGAAGCCCUGGGCGCAGGCGCGCCGGCUGCGCCAUCAGCGCUCCGGACUGAUCGCUGAGAGCGCGAACGGCAGCGGCAGCGGUAGCGGCAACCGGCUGUCGUCCGACGCGGGGGCGCCGGCGGCGGCCAGCUCCGGCGGCGGCACGCAAAGCGGGCAGGGGAGUGGCAGCGGCAGCGGGGCGGGUGGCAAAAAGAAGUCCAAGGGGCGGCGGUCGUUCCAGCGGGUGUCGUUCCUGGUCAAGGUGGCGGCUGUGGUGUCGGCGGAGGAGCCCCGGCAGCUGCCGGACGUGCUGCUGCAGUGGGCCGUCAAGGUGAUGCGCCAGCCCAAGACCGACGACCCCUGGCGGCUGCGCCUGGUGGAGCUGCUGCUGCCAGACUGGCUGCUGGCCCCACACCAGGCGCUGGCGAUCCUGAGCUGCUUCGACCCUGAUGUGGGGUCAGACCAGCGCAUUAUCGCUGCGCAGCUCGCGUACGCGCGCCUUGCCGACCCCCCCGCGUUCUGGGCGUCAGUCAUGCCCGCGGCGCUCAAGCCGCUCCAGCAGGCAGCGUUCGCGGCGCUGGCGGCGCCGUGGCUGACCGCCCUUGACCGGUCAAACCUGACGGGGCGGUACGUCCUCAAACUGGGGCGGCCGCUGGACAGGGCGGCUGCCCACAGGCUGCAGCUUGCGGCGCUGCAGGAGAGCGCUUGGCGCGACAACCGCUACUUCGUGAGCUGGCGCAACGCUACGCUCAACGGGGUGGCCCUCAGGGACGACGCCAUCACAAAGCUGCAGGCGUACGCCAUCCCCCCUGCCGGCACCCUGCGACUCGACUACGUCUGCUACGCCACCCCUGGCCCCUUUGAGCCCGUCGCGCCGGGCCAAGACUUCCGGGCCCUGCUGCGGCGCGUGCGGGCGGCGCGCAGCGAGUACCUGCAAAAGGUGCUGGCGGUGCGCCGCGAGUACCUGCCUGGCGGCCGCACGCGGCGCGAGGAGGAGGCCAUGCGGGCGGCCAGGGAGGCGCGGCGGGUCAAGCGCGCGAGGAGCACGGCCGCGGCCUCUUACCUCGGCUUUGGCGGCGGCAGCGCCGGCGGCAGCGGCAAUACCAGUGCCAGGGGCGGCGGCGGCGUCGGCGCUGGCAGCAACGGUGCUAGCGUCGGCGCCAACGGCGCCGGCAACGGCGCUGGCGCCGGCGGCGGCGACACCCCGCAUGCCACGGGAGCCGAGGCCGGCGGCAGCCCGGUCACCUGGCGCGACGCGGCCGGCGCCGCUGGCGGCGCGCAGGGGCCGGAAGCUGCUGCGGUGGUCGGUUGGAGCAUCGACCGCUGCAGCUACUGGUGGGAGGGGACUGGCCUCGACCCUUCGGCGCUGCUUUUUGAGCCGACCGGGAGCAGGGCCGCCACUGCCGGGGGCGGCGGCUCUGGCGCGGGCGCGGGCGGCGCGGCGGGCGGCUCCAGGGCCGGCGCGAUGGCGGGCAGCCGGCCGGGGAGCGGGGCGCGUGGCGGGGGCCCCGCCCUGGUCAGGCGGAGUUCUCUGAUGCGCAACCCCCCAGCGGGGGCUGCGCGCGCGAGCAUCUCCAGCGCCGCCGGGCUCCGCGGCUCAGUCACAGGCGACGCCGUCGCGGCCGCCGCCGCCGCCGGGGCGGCGCAGAGAGGCCGCUCCGCGUCGGCCUCCGGGCCGGGCGCCCAGCCCGCCGCAGGAGCAGCGCAGGUGGACCCCGCCACGCGCCGCACCAACGCCGUCCUCGCGCGCCUGCUGCGCGCCGGCUCCGCGGCCGAGCUCGCCACCGCGUUUGCGGCGGUGAGCGAUCCCAAGGCGGUCGUCGUGGUGUCGCGCCUGGCUGAAAUGCUGCCCGGUGGGCCGCAGGCGGCGGCGCUGCUCAUGGAUUCGCUGCCUCCAGUGGUGGCCGCCCGGCUGCUGACGGACACCACCGGCGCCCAGGGCGGCGACCGCUCGCCGGCCCUGCUGCCCCCGCCGCUGCGGGCGCAGCUGCUCUCGCUGCUCCCGCCGCGCUCGCGGGAGAACCUGCGGCGCGCGGCGGCGGACGUCGCGGCGGCGGCGGCGGCGCGCAGCGCGGCGGGCCUCGCAGCGCUGCGGGCGUUUGCCUGGGGCGACCGCGUGAGCGCGGCGCAGCUGGUGGCGCUGCUGAGGGCGAUCGGGCCGGGGGUGGCUGAGGACAGGUGCAGCGCUGUCGUGACGCUCUGGUCCAGGGUCGUUGACCGGUCAAACAUGGUGCAGGUGUUUGAGUUCCUGUCGGGGGACGAGCAGCUGGAGCUGAUGCGGCGGCUGGGCCCGUACCUGGUGUGGGCCACGCUGGCGCGGCCAGAGGGGCUGCACUUCAGGCUGGACCUGCGGCAGCCAGAGCAGAGGGACGUCGCGCGGGAGGUUGUCAAGGUGGCGGUGCGGAAGUCCCUGGCGGAGAGGGCGCGCACCGGCCAGCGCGUGCGGCAGCUGGAGAACCUGCUGGCGGAGGGCAAGGCGGUGGCGGACCCCGAGGACGACAAGCUGUGGCUCAGCCUGGAGAGCAAGCACCACCUCCUGGAGUUUGAUUACGCCAGGCAGCAGCAGACAGGGCAGGCGGCUCUGCUAGCGGCGCGCCUGCGGCGGGCGGUGGCCGCACAGCCAGUCGGCGCUCGGUCAGGCGGCGCGGCGGGGUGGGGGACCAGGAUGGGGGCGGUGAUGAUGAUGACGCUUGCUCUUGCACCAGCAGCAUUAGCUGCAGCUGUGAAAGCUGCAGCUGCAGCAGCAGUGACGGUGGUGGUGGCGGCGAUGAUGGCGAUGCGGACGAUGCCUUUGGCGGCCUCCACAGCCGGCCCGAUUCAAUGA